AGCCCCCGGGUUGGGUGGUCGCGGCCUCCCCCUCCGCGAGCGGGAGGCCCCGGGCCCGGGCCGGGAACCGUGCGGCGGGGUCGGUGGGUAGGGCCCCGGCCGCGGCCUGGCCUCUCGCUCCCGGCCGCUGCUGUGCGGCCGCUGUGUGACCGCAGGAAAUCGGAACAGACCCGGGGCAGCCUUUUGGUGUGAAAUGGUUUUCAUAUGCUGAACUCCAGCUUGGAUUGCCUCAUUGCUGCACGUUGAGAACUUUGGUAAAAGCAGGAAGUCAAGAUGAAGAGCAGGGUGACACAAGUAAAUCACGGUUCCAGUCAUGACAGGAGGGAAAACUACAGUUCCCGACAUGACAGUUUGUCUCCAGAGGACAGGGAUAUGGAGCGUGACAGGUCUCGGUCUCCAUCUCCCAGGAAGAGGAGGUACUCUGAUGACAGCAGAUAUGAUGAGGAAUAUUCAAGACGAGAAUACUAUGAUGACAGAACUUCAGAUGGAAGAAGGAUGGAAAGGGGGAGAGACAGACACUAUGAGAGAUGGGAGGACAGAGAAUAUGAUCGAAGGAAGCAGAGACGAUACUCAUCACCUGACCGCAGGAGUCCGGAGAGGUCGACAGGCCAGAGCUCACUUGCCCAUGAUGAGACCACCUCAAAGAAGAAGAAAGAAGAAGUGGAUCCAAUCCUCACUCGCACAGGUGGUGCAUAUAUUCCACCUGCCAAGCUCAGGAUGAUGCAAGAGCAAAUCACUGAUAAAAAUAGCUUGGCAUACCAGAGGAUGAGUUGGGAAGCAUUGAAGAAGUCGAUCAAUGGUCUUGUCAAUAAAGUGAACGUUUCUAAUAUAGAAAACAUCAUUCAUGAGCUCCUUCAGGAGAAUAUUGUUCGGGGAAGGGGAUUGCUGUCUAGAUCCAUUUUGCAAGCUCAGAGCGCCUCUCCGAUUUUCACUCAUGUUUAUGCAGCUCUUGUGGCAAUCAUCAAUUCCAAGUUUCCAAAUAUUGGUGAAUUGAUCCUCAAGAGGCUGAUACUGAAUUUUCGUAAAGGGUAUCGCAGAAACGACAAGCAACUCUGUCUAACAUCUUCAAAGUUUGUUGCACAUUUGAUGAAUCAGAAUGUGGCUCACGAGGUUUUAUGUUUGGAAAUGCUCACUUUGCUGCUUGAAAGGCCUACCGAUGAUAGUAUUGAAGUAGCAAUUGGAUUUAUUAAAGAGAGUGGGCUCAAAUUAACAGAAGUUUCUCCUAGAGGUAUUAAUGCAAUCUUUGAUCGCCUUCGACACAUUCUGCAUGAAUCCAAAAUCGAUAUGCGCGUUCAGUACAUGAUAGAAGUCAUGUUUGCUGUGCGGAAGGAUGGCUUCAAGGAUCAUCCAAUCAUUCCAGAGGGAUUAGAUCUAGUGGAAGAGGAGGAUCAGUUUACUCAUAUGUUGCCAUUGGAAGAUGACUACAACCCAGAGGAUGUUCUUAAUGUUUUCAAGAUGGACCCGAACUUUAUGGAAAAUGAAGAGAAAUACAAAAUGCUGAAGAAAGAAAUUCUUGAUGAAGGUGACACUGAAUCUGAAGGCAAUCAAGAAGCUGGAAGUAGUGAAGAAGAUGAAGAAGAUGAUGAAGAGGAGGAUGAGGAUGGUCAGAAAGUUACUGUCCAUGACAAAACAGAAAUUAACCUGGUCUCCUUCCGUCGUACAAUUUAUCUGGCUAUUCAGUCAAGCUUAGACUUUGAAGAAUGUGCUCACAAACUGCUGAAGAUGGAUUUUCCUGAAAGUCAGACUAAAGAACUCUGCAAUAUGAUACUUGACUGCUGUGCUCAGCAAAGAACAUAUGAGAAAUUCUUUGGGUUACUGGCUGGGCGUUUCUGCAUGCUAAAGAAAGAAUAUAUGGAGUCCUUUGAAGCCAUUUUCAAGGAGCAGUACGAUACCAUCCAUCGUCUGGAAACCAACAAACUGAGGAAUGUGGCCAAGAUGUUUGCUCAUCUCCUGUACACCGAUUCAAUUCCCUGGAGUGUCCUUGAAUGUAUAAUACUGAGUGAAGAAACUACCACAUCCUCCAGUAGAAUUUUUGUCAAAAUAUUCUUUCAGGAACUCAGUGAAUAUAUGGGACUUCCAAAUUUAAAUGCAAGAUUAAAAGAUGUGACACUGCAGCCUUUCUUUGAGGGAUUAUUGCCUCGGGAUAACCCAAGAAACACUCGCUUUGCCAUCAAUUUCUUCACUUCCAUUGGCCUUGGAGGACUAACGGAUGAAUUACGGGAACAUCUUAAAAAUGCACCAAAGUUGAUCAUGACACAGAAGCAAAAUAUUGAGUCAUCAGAUUCCUCCUCAUCUUCAGACUCAGACUCUUCCUCAGAUUCUGAUUCUGACAGCAGCAGUAGUAGCUCAGAGUCAUCCAGCAGCAGUGACUCCUCAUCAAGCAGCGACAGCAGCAGUGACUCAGAUGUUUCUAAAGCCAAAAGGAAGAGAAUGCAAAAGAAAAAUAGAGAAUCUGAUAAAGUUUCCAGGAAAAAACAAGAACGGAAAAGGAAAUCACUCGAAAAGAAAAUUGGAAGGAGGCAGCAAGAGGAAAGAAGUGAUACUGAGAGGAAAUCAGAAAGAAAUCACCGACAUCUAAGAGAAUCACACAGGAGAGAUGAUGUUUCAAAGUACCACCACAGAGAUGAACCCAACGGCAGAGAUGGUUACCACAGCGGAAAGGAUAGGAACCACGAAAGAAGUAAGGAUCCAGAAAAUAAACACAGUAAUUCCAAACUGAAGAAAGCAGAAAGAAGAGCUUCUGUGUCUGACGAUGAAAAUUACAGACAUUGGAGCAAAGACGAUGGACAUCGUAGUAGGAAAAGAGAGAGAUCCAAGUCCCGCGAAAGGGAGCGCGGCCGCUGCAGCCCGCGGGAGGAGGAGCAGGAGCAGGAGGAGCGCUCCAGGAACGGCUCGGAGAGGCAGCGGGACAGGCACAGCCGGUACUCCGAACAGCACAGGGAGUCCCGCAGGACCCACGACAGGCGCCGGGAGGGGUCCCCGCGCCGCAAGGAGAGCUCCCCGCACCGGCGGGAGGCAUCUCCGCACCGGCGGGAGAGCUCCCCGCGCCGCAAGGAGAGCCCCCCGCACCGGCGGGAGGCAUCCCCGCACCGCAGGGAGGGCUCCCCACACCGCAGGGAGAGCCCUCCGCACCGGCGGGAGGCAUCUCCGCACCGCAGGGAGAGCCCCCCGCGCCGCCGGGAGAGCCCCCCGCGCCGCCGGGAGGCAUCCCCGUACCGGCGGGAGAGCCCCUCGCACCGGCGGGAGGCAUCCCCUUACCGGCGGGAGGCAUCCCCGCACCGCAGGGAGAGCCCCCCGCACCGGCGGGAGGGCUCCCCGCACCGGCGGGAGAGCCCCCCACACCGGCGGGAGGGCUCCCCGCACCGCAGGGAGAGCCCCUCGCACCGGCGGGAGGCAUCCCCGCACCGCCGGGAGAGCUCCCCGCACCGCAGGGAGAGCCCUCCACACCGGCGGGAGGCAUCCCCGCACCGCAGGGAGAGCUCCCCGCACCGCCGGGAGAGCCCUCCGCACCGCAGGGAGGCAUCCCCGCACCGGCGGGAGAGCCCUCCGCACCGCAGGGAGAGUCCCCCGCGCCGGCGGGAGGCGUCCCCGCGCCGGCGGGAGGCGUCCCCGCACCGGCGGGAGAGUCCCCCGCACCGGCGGGAGGGCUCCCCGCACCGCAGGGAGAGCCCCUCGCACCGGCGGGAGAGCCCUCCGCACCGCAGGGAGAGUUCCCCGCGCCGGCGGGAGGCAUCCCCGCACCGGCGGGAGAGUCCCCCGCACCGGCGGAAAUGAAGCCUAGCCCCCGCGGCAAUCAAGGUUCAUUUCCUAGCUGGUAGAACUGUUAUUUUAAAAUCUAUUACUGAAGUUUCUUUGAAAAGAAGAUUUUUGUACAAAGUGACAGUUAGCAUUUGUAAAUUUUACCAGACUUUUUCAAAUUUUCGGUAACACUUUUUUAUAACCGUAUCAUUGGAUUUUUCUGUUAUGUUCUUUGUUUGGAAAGACAAAGCUCUUUUAUUUUGUGAAUAAAACAGUAAGAUACCAGCACAUUGGGUAUUUUGUCACUUAGUUUCAAGUAUUUCUAAUUUUAACUUCCCAGUCUAAAAACCUGUUGGUUUUUAACUUCACUUGUUGAUUGAAAUCCAGAUGCUGAGGUUGGGGUGGUAAUGUAAGAAUUUCAGACUACAAUGUGAAUGUUACGUGAGAAAGCGAUAAAAUUUUCAAAGAAGCAUUCUA